AUGUUUUCUAAGAAGGGAAAAAAAAGGAUCACCGGUGUAGGCCUCGAAUCCUUAACUGUUUGGAAGGCUGGAUGGAGGAUCGGUAUGGCCAACUUGUCACUUAACUAUAAUUCUACCUCCCUGGUAAACACUGCGGUCCUCUCCGGUUAUCCCACACGCCACCCUGUGUGGGUGUUCGGUCUGACUCACGGUCACGAAUUGCGCGAUGUUACCACUCGCUCCACUUGUCACACUAACGACGAAUCUGUGGCUCAUUUUCCACGCGAAGCAUGUUCUGAGGGUUUCACCUUCUCGGGAGGGGAAUUAGGCGGCUCUGAAGGUCUCACUCUCGUCGCCAAGGUGGAUCGAACCAGUGCUUCUGAAACGGUCACUGUGUGGUUCCCUCAACAACCCCAUGGUGUCGCCUUGGUCAUUGAGAACCCUCGAGAUGGACCAACUUCUAUUCCAAGCGCCAUUGCUACUGCUACUGGGUCUUAUUCCCUCCAUGAAUACUCCACAACCUCAAUCAUGCUUCGCUCUUUGGCUGAGUAA